UUAUAACUGCAUUGUGAUAUCACUCGAGAGACUCAGCAAAUCGCUUUAUCAACAAAAUGCCAAUAAACUACAAAUGUUUGUAUGUAAAUAAGUGAAACCAGACAACAAGUGUAUUGACUAAUUGUUUAUUGAGAUACAAAGGACAUAAGAAAGGUCAAGGGAUUCGUACGUAAUGUUCUAUUCUUCUACAAAUCAAAGUAUUUCGAAAAUAAGCAAUUGCAAUUCUUUUGGUUAUUUUACAGCGUUAAUGUGUAGCGUUAAUGGUCCGUGAACUACAUUAUGCUGAAUUUCUUUCCUAACAUAUGUCCUUGAGAUAGGGAUAACUGGAGAAAAUUUGAAAAUGCAGAUCAUACCGUUCCCUUGUAUUCUUCAAUUGAAACUAGCUGCGUUAAAAACAUAAAGGAUAGCUGUCUAGCCGUUGGCAGUCUAUUCACCUAAACUCCUGGUGAUAUUGUUCUUUACAAGGGAUCAUUCAAGCCUUAAUCUUAAGUCGUUAAGAACGUUUGAGACAAAGUUGAGAUCUGUCGCCGAAAGAAGUUUCGUUUACACAACUCUCAACAACAUGGAGGACAAGGUGUAUCAGGUAAAAGCUGUUCGCUGCACCAGGCCCUCAAGUACACACGAGACGGUGAAAACCUCUACAAGAAUUAAGUCAUUCACAGAUGACCAUCGAGUGAAAUACCACGAAGAGGAUCCGAGCCAGUUUCAAACUGCUAAAGCACGUCGGCCUAGACGACAUACGACAGGAGGACCGCAGCAAAAGGAUGCCAUUGAGAAAGCAAGACAGAUGAUUGCAAACGACCCUGAUAUCGAUUCAACGGCUCAUGAAAGCAGCUUAGGAACAUUGAACCGGAAACAACUUGUUUCAUUAUUGAAGACUAGAUAUGGUGAUGAUAUUGAGAAGUAUCGAUCGCUUAAAAAGAAGGGAGCGGUAGAUGAAGUCGAGCACCGAAAUCUUGUCGAAAAUGGAACCGCAAAGCGGAAAAAGUCCCACACCAUAUUAACGUACAAAACGUCAGGUGGGGUUAAUGGACACGUGCGAAGGAGCAGCACGAGCAGCCAAGAAAGCUCUCAGACGUCACAGGAGAGCUUGAACCCUAUAGCAUCAACGAGAAGUGAAAAAACAACAAAUCAAGUCAUAAGGACCACAAAGGUGAAGCAGUUUGGGCGAACUAGGAAAGCUUCAGAUGGAAGCUCAGUUAUGAGUGGAUAUUCAUCGUACGGCGAGGAACCUCAUGACCAAUCGACUGUGACCCAACGAACUGUCAUAACGAGAAAAAUUGUGAAGCAACCUCAAAAAGACAAUAUCAUAGAAGCACAACAACAACGAUCUCGCGAGGAUGAACUGAAGGAACUGGAAAAUUUGCAGCGUCAGCAGCAAGUACUUGUAACUGAACGUCAGAGCCAAGCCAGUUCUCAACACCAACAACAGAAGCAAGAAGUAAUCGAUCGCGACAGGGUGUUAUUUCUACAAUACAAAGACGAGAUUAAGCGAGUUAAUAUGCCAAAGAGUAUCAGUUCUCUUGAUACACUUAAAGCUCUGUUCGUUACGUCCUUUCCUGGAAAGUUAAGCAUGGUUAGGAUAGAUGAGCGUGGUUUAAUUUACAUAAAAGACAAAGAUGCUGAUAUCUUUUACGAGCUCGAGGACUUGGGAGAUGUAAAAUCUCGUUCACACGUCCAGCUUCGUGAGAAAACUACAAGUUACGAUUCGCUUUCGAGCUCUCAGAACGAUAUGACUUCAUUUGAUAAUCGACACCCACCACCUUACGGCUACAGUACGCUGCCGGUUCGGGGCCGACGGACCAAUGAACGUCAAGAAUAUGCGGAAUCUCUGCAAGAUUUUCAGACACGGCCAAGGUCUGGCUCUGGCGAUUCGCUACGGUCAGAUUCUGUUUUGACUAGGCCAAUGCGACAUUACAGCCAAUCAGCGGAAAAAGGACCAUAUGUGAACAGUGGGUUUUUAUCACCACGGAGCGCAAAAAAGGAAAUUCGCGUAGAAGAGCGGAAUACCUCAAACACACGUUACGAAGUAAAACAAAACAGAAUGGAGCAAGAGGUUCUCAGACAGCCUAUAAAGCUCGCAGAGCCACCGAAGUUAAAGCAGCAACGGAAACCGAGUGAGCGUGAAAAUAAGGGGCCUACAGUUGAAGAACAAUUAGCAGAUCUGACGAACCUCCUUCACACAGCAAUGCAAUCUGACGAGGAGGACAGUGGAUACUCAGAACGAGAUCGAAUGCCGGGCAAAUUGAAUCCUGAUGUCAUCGGAAACUUGGUUGCGUUGUCGGAACAAAAUUACUCUAAGUCACCCACAAAGGGUAGUUGUUACGCGCCAACUGCUCUCCUUGAAGCAAAGAAGCGUGAAGUCGAAGGGCCUGCAGAGGACUUAAACUUUAACUACAGCUCUUACACUAAAACUGUUGAAAUUCCAAGGCAGCGCAGUGAAGAGGACACAGAUAAAGGAUAUAUGCAUGACGGCCCUAAUGUUUACAUGAAAGACAGCAGAAUGAAAGAAACGUACGAGUCUGGCUUGGCUGACUCUCUUUUGAAGUCCCUGCAGAGUCCUACAAGUCCAUCUGGACCCAGUAACGCCUCGUCUAUAAGGAUUUCUGCAAGUAGCUCCCACCAGACACACCAAGCAGGUCACCACCAGCCACACCAAGUGACGUCACCACCAGCCACACCAAGCAGGAAUCCGUCCAGUCGUAUAGCCGUGCAAACAUUGAAAGGCAUGGGCAGUCCAACCAGGUCGCAAGAGCAGCAGCAGUCUUGGGCUUCUUCAACAACAACAACCACAAGAACCAAGGUGCAAGACUCGCCUUUCCAAAUGGACAGAAUGAUCGGGAUUGCUAGCUCAGCCGCCUCGCUGCGUAACAGUAUAUUGACACUGCGCAGUCAGCUCGACGAGCUCCGUUUGCUGCACACCAACCAUUCCCGCAACUUCAAGAUAUUUAUCAACCAAUCUCUGCACGACUUUAAUGCUCUUGCAGCCACCGUAUCCCAAAACGAACGCACUGGAAAGAGCAGUGGGCAUUCUAUUAGAGACCGUCGCUUCCGGGUCCAAGAUGAUUAUGACUCUUACAUGAAGAGGCAGAACAACACAAGCACACACCUUAGCCGACUUGAAGAGGAAACAGAGCGCCUGCGUCGUGACGUGGUGCAGCGCAAAUGCGUACUUGAGACAAAUCACGUGCACAGGUUAAACUCAGAUCUUGAGUCGCUUGGAAAGUCUUUAGCAGAAUUGAAAAGUCGUUUUUCCGGUCUUCAUGAUAUGUUGAAAAUUGUUAUGGCUGGCGAGCUAGAAAUUAUUGUCAACGAAGAAAGAUUUUUGAAGGAUGAGCCUGGUAAUCUCGAUAACUUGUAUGCACGCUGUAAGCAUUUGUCAGGGACGCUGUUGACCCUUCAAAGGCUGGCAUCUGUGCAGCAGAUGGCAAGGUCCAAUGAGCAGCAGCAUCAACAAUUGCAACAUCAAGAUGUAAAUCAAAACCGGAUCAAAGUUACUGUUAAUCAUCACAGCCUAUGUCUAGUGGUGAUGAGAGUAACAUUCGCCGGACAGCAACAACGACAUCCCGAACUGUACGUUUUACAUCUGAUGGUACCAGUGGAUACCUAUAAAGACGGUGCCAUUUAAGGCAAAAUGUCCCUCAAAGGAAAUAUCAAUACCAACUUCUGUUUCACAGUGUUCGUGCUCGUUCUGUGACCAUUCUAUUUCAUUCGUAACGUUUUUUAGAAGAGUCAGCCCUUUAGUCAAACAGGAUGAUAGGCAGUCGUAUGGAGUUUACAGAUUUCUGUGUCACGUGGGUCCUUUCAGUCUUGCAGUCAAUUAUGUAAGCCAGUAUUUCUAUACAGGUUAGGUUUAUAGUGGCCAGAAGAAAUGGACGCGCUUUAAAGGUCAUAUUACAAUUUUUUGUCAAGCUGGUAGUAAAAAUUAUUGUAGACCAUUGUGUUUUUUAUAUUGCAUUUUUCAGAUUUUUAUUUCUUUCCUUAAUUUUCCCUUUUUGUCAUACUUGUAUUGAUGAAGAGUUAACAUUUUCACAGCUGUUUACUGCCGAAUUUCCGGUCCUCGGUACUUAGCCUUUGUAAUAGUUUUUUUAUCGAUCUGGAACGACCUAGCCCAUGUUUUUUGGAAUCAGGGAAUUUCCAACAGAAUACAGUAUUCUCUCCAACUAACGGACACCGUCGGGGCAAGAGAGAGGUGUCCGCUAAUUGGAAGUGUCCGCCUGAGCUAAUUGGAAAGUUUUGCAAUGUAAGUCCCAAAUUUGAAAAUAGACCCGAGUUUAUUAUUUAAAAGGUGUAAUCAGUGGUGAUCCCAGGAGAGGGCUAAGGGGGCUACAGUCCCUCCGUCGGAAGCAUCUAACGUUGGAAGCAUCGGAGAAAAUUUUUGGUUAUUGUCGGAGCAAAUUAGACAAAGUAACGUAUGAAAACUGCAUAUUUUAGUCAUUUAAGCCCCCCUGUCGGAAGCUCCAACCCCUCUGUCGGAAGAUCUCGGGCGCCACCUUUGUAAAAAAGAGAAAAACUAACCAAAUUGAACGUAACAAAUCUUUUUUUACAACAAGAAUGGAUAUCAACAUCAUAUAUGAUAUCAACUACGAACGCAAAAUUUGCAAGCAAAUGUUUAUUUACCAUACUGUAUGUUUUUGCUAAAAAAAGUCUUUAAUUGACGGUUGUUUUUUGUUGGUGACACGAAUAACUAAGAGUGUCCGCUAAUUAACACGAAAAUAUUGUCCGUUAAUUAGAGUGUCCGCUAAUUAAGUGUCCGCUUUUUAGAAAGUUUUUCAUGAGAUUUUGACCAGAAAACGAUAGGGGAAAAAAAUUGUCGGCUAAUCAGUGGUGUCCGCCUUUUAGAGUGUCCGUUAAUUGGAGAGAAUACUGUAGACACCAUAGCCUUCGUUUGUCGCUUAUUCUCGGUACCUGUUUCAAUAUAAUUUUGUGAAACAUCGGGUGUAUUUGCGGAGUGUUUAUUGACUAAAUUAGCAACAGAAACAUUUUAGUUUUAUUUUAGUGGUAAGAGUUUUGUAUUUAUAAGACGGAUCUUUUACGAACGAGUAAUUUUCGUAAUUUCGCCGAGCGUUGGUUGCCCCAGAUACCUUUCAACCAUUCCACAUGGGAGAAAAGGCGUUUUGUUUAUACUUAAUUCGUCAAUGCUUUCUAAAACAUUAUUUACGUUACCUGCAGCAAGUUCAAGCUCAAUCGCAGUUCUUAUUAAGGCUGCACUAUGCAUAUACGUUUUGGCAGACAUUUCAUCCCAGGGCCUCCGACGAAGGGAAGCCGGGGAAGCCAUGCCCCCUCCAUUAUUUUUCAAAAUAUUUUGUAAUGAUUGUUAAAUUUUUCCAUGCCCCCUCCCCCACUUUCCAAACUGCGUCGGAGUCCAUGUAUCCAUUUACUUACAUCAAUAUUAAUGCAAAUCCAGUUUUCUUAGAUUAGGAAAAUCGAUCCUGAUCUGUUUUAUCAAUAAUAUAGGAUCUGCAUACACAUUUCAACUGUAAAAAUUAACAAUAUCUGUGUGGUUAGAAAGAAGUGGCAUUCCAUUCUUUCCACGUCGACUUAAAUUUCCACCGACAGGGCAAAUUGAGUGUAUUUUUUGUAGCUGUUUGAUAUUAUUGAUAUUGUCAAAAUUCUAGCCUUUUUCAUCCCCAGGAAGGUUGCUGGCGAGCCGUUUAUGAGAAUGAAUUUUGUAUUUAUUAUCUCAACAGGAUUUAACUUUUUUAAGACUGUAGAAUUCAUGAUUAUUAACAUUAAAUUGAUAAGUUUAAACAAAA